UCCCAGCGCGCAGAGACCGGCGUCCGGGGAGACAUGAAGGAACCAGAUGACCAGGAUACUGAUGAGGGCAGAUCAGAUAUAUCAAAAAGUGAUGGGAAGCAGUCUUCUAAAUCAGAGGCAAAAUCUCAUACAAAAGAAUCUCUCGAUGCCACAGAUGAAACAGUCACGGAAGGGGAAGCGUCGUAUUUAGAAGAUGAAGGCUCAGAUCUGGAAAAUUUGGGAGAAAGUUCAGCUUCAUCUCAAGAUUAUUUUGAAAGUGGUGGCACAUCUCAGGAACCACCUGUUCCACCACAGGCAGAGGAGGAAGUGAAGAAGAAAAUAUCAGCGACCUUCUACUAUGAGUAUGGGGAGCUGGUUUCAAUGCCCUUCGUGACUCCAGAUUCCAACAUUCCACUGGAUUUUCUCACUCUUGAACAUUCUUUCGGCUAUGACUGCAGGAGGCGAGCCAACCUCCAGCUUCUGGACAGCAACACCGUGAUGUACAUGGCUGGGAACAAGCUGAUCCUUCUGGAUUUUAAGACCAAGGAGCAGACCUACCUGCACACCAGCAGCGGUCAAGGAAUUGGCGCCAUUGGGGUUCACCCAUAUAAAACUUACUUCACAGUAGCAGAAAAAGGAAGCUAUCCAAAGAUUAUCAUCUACGAGUAUCCUUCUAUGAGGCCCUAUAGAAUCCUUCGAGAUGGGACCGAGAAGGCCUAUGCCUACGUGGACUUCAACGACGAUGGAACCUUGCUGGCCUCUGUUGGCAGCAACCCUGAUUACACACUGACCAUCUGGGACUGGAAGGAAGAACAACCCACACUGAGGACAAAGGCUUUCUCUCAGGAUGUUUUUAAGGUCACUUUCAAUCCGGAAAAUGAAGAGCAGCUUACUACGUCAGGAGUAGGCCACAUCAAGUUCUGGGAAAUGGCUUUCACAUUCACUGGUCUCAAGCUGCAAGGAUCACUAGGUCGAUUUGGCAAAACAUCCACGAGUGAUAUAGAAGGCUACACGGAGCUCCCGGAUGGGAAGGUACUCUCGGGGUCAGAAUGGGGCAACCUGCUGCUUUGGGAAGGCAGCCUCAUCAAAGUCGAGCUCUGCCGAACUGGAAUGAAGUGUUGUCACCAGGGUCCCAUUAACCAGAUAAUGCUGGAUGAGGGCGAAGUCAUCACUGCCGGGUCAGAUGGGUGUGUCAGGAUUUGGGACUUUGAGACAAUAGACACUGCUGACGUUGUAGAUGAAACUGGAUUGUUGGAGAUCGAACCCAUUAAUGAGCUUCAAGUUAACAAGAAUGUCAAUCUCUUCUCAAUGAUCAAAAUGAAUGAAAUUGGAAAUAACUUUUGGUUGGCUCAGGAUGCCAGUGGAGCCAUAUGGAAGCUUGACCUUAGUUUUUCAAACAUUACCCAGGAUCCAGAAUGCCUCUUCUCCUUCCAUUCUGGACCCAUCGAAGCCAUGGCUGUUUCUCCUCUCACUUACCUUAUGGUUACCACCGCCUUGGACUGUUCUUUUAGAGUCCAUGAUUUGGCUAGCAAAAAUACUUUGGUUCAAAUGAAAUUCAAGCAAGGAGGUACUGCCAUCACGUGGGUACCUCAAACAGUAAGCUACUCUGGAGGACAAAUCAUUGCAGGAUUCCAGGAUGGUGUUGUUCGGAUCCUUGAACUUUAUGAUCCCAAAGGACUCGCAGUUUUUGCAGGACGGAAGAAGGUUUCAGAUGCUGAGUUAUAUUUGAAGCAGGUCUUCAAACCACACAAUGCCAUGGUCACUGCCUUAGCUUAUGAACGAGAUGGAGAAAUCCUAGCCACAGGGAGUAAAGAUUGCACUGUCUUCUUUUUUGAUGUGGAACUGGAUUAUAAACCGAUUGGUUAUAUUAAUACUCCUGGGCCAGUUUGCCAGUUAGAGUGGUCCUCAUUAUCUCAUCCUGAAAGUACUUUACUGAUUAUCUGUGAGAAUGGCUAUGUUCUUGAAGCUCCUUAUCCAAACAUCAGGGAAGAAGACAAUCAUGACUUAGUUUCCUAUGAAAUCCAUGACAUGGACAUAAGGUGUUUCCACUUCUCAAGUAUCAAAUCUAAGAUUCUGAGGUCCAUAGAGGUGGAAAAAAGAGCAAAACAAAAGGAGCUGAAGGAGAAGAAAAAGGAAGAGAGGAGGAAGCUGUUGGACGAGAGAGCAGAAGAUGAAGGAAUAGAAUUCCCGGAGGAGGAAGGAGAGGAGGAAGAAGAGGAAGAAGAGUUACCUGAAAUCUUCAUUCCACCCAUCCCUUCCCCUAUCCUGUGUGGUUUUUACUCUGAACCAGGGAAGUUCUGGGUUUCGCUGGGUAGCUAUGAUUCUGGUUUUCUGUAUCACUGUGAAUUUCCACCAUAUAACAAGGACAGUGAUUUCAAACAACAGGAAGAUGAGCCGUUUGAUUACCGUUCUCUUGAGGAUACAGAAGAUAAUCCUAUCCAAACCAUCACUUUCAGUGUUAGCCGAACUAUGAUGUUUUGUGGAAUGAGAAAUGGAGCAAUUCGCAUAUAUGUCCUUAAUGAGAAUGAUACUUCCUUGGACAGUCUGGGGGACUACUGGCAUUUCAACAUGCAUGACAAUGAUAAUGGAUGUGUGAAAAACAUUGCUGUCAGCUUCGAUGACCGAUUCUUGGUGACUGCAGGGACAGAUAGUAACAUCUUCAUUUUCAACAUUUAUUCUUCAUUUUUGUUAAGCAGAGACAUAAAAUCCAAAGUGCCAUCUCCCAGGUUUGGACUUGAAUUAGAACCACAUGUAGAAGAUAUUGAAGACCCCAAAGCCUACAGUAUUGAGGAUGCCAGGAGGAAAAGAGAACACGACAAGUUAAUGAAAGAAGUGGAAGAAAUAAAAACUGGGAAGAGAGAACAAAUCAAAGCUUUGAGGAAUGAGUUUUUGAAACUGUUAGAAAUGAAUAAAGAAUUACCAAAACAUAUGCAGCUUAAACAGACAGAUUUUGAAAUUGAUUCCAAAAUUCGAGCUGACAUCAACAGAAAAACAGCUUUGAAAAUCCAGCAAGUGGAAAAGGAAUUAGCUUGGGAAAAAGCGAAAUACGAGCUUGGCCUGAAGAAAGUACAGAAUAGAUUUCGUGAUCCACUGGACAGUGACACUGUUGUGGUUUAUGCCAUACAGACUGACCACCACAUAUCCUCCUAUAGGCUGGUGAGACCGUCUAAAUACUCCAAAUUCAAGCGACAAAGUCAGGCAGAGAGAAGGAUGAGCAAAAUGGAACGGUUUGACAAAGAGGGCCUUGGAAGAAAGGACAGCCAGAAAGAGCUAGGUACCCUGGGCGCCAAGAAGAGUUUAACUUCUUACUGACUGCGUUUUCAAAGCUAAAUUAUCUUUUCAUGGGAAGGAAAUCUGACCUUCCUCUGGUGACCAGGGAUCAAUUUGCUGUCCCCUUAUCUUCUGUGAUAAUCUCCUCUGGAACAAAUAAUCAAAAAAGACAGGGUUUAUGUGGCAUGGCUGAGGAAGAGAGCAACAAUUCUCCACCAGCUGUUUUCUUGUUUGAUGCAAGUUUCUAAAGAAAAGCUACCUGGGUCAUGUUGCUGACAGUGGGCAAGAAUAUGGGAUGCUGCCAUUUUCUUCCUUCCCCAUGUCCAAUUAGCCUCAAACUCAGAAUUACCCCAGGUACUAGGUUUUAGACAGUGUUUCUUUCACCACUCCUGAUUUCCAUCCCUGGAUGCAAAGCAGAAACACAGUGUUUCAGAUUGUCCUAACUCCCCCCCCCCCCACACACACACAGUAUACGUCAAACGGAGUGAUGCGCUCAGGACAGAGGUGUGAAAAUAGUACCUUGAUUCCAGCAGCCUAUUUCUUGUGGCUGUCUGCAAAGGGACUGCAGUAGUGGGACAUGAGUUCUGGGAAUGGUUCCGAGGACUCAAGAAUAAACUUAGAGCCGGGGUGGUGGUGCACAUCUUCCAUCCCAGCUCUCAGGAGCCUCAGCUAGGAGGAUCACUAGGAGUUCAAGGCCAGCCUAAGCUACAGAGUGAGGUUCAGUUCAGCUA